GGCGGCGUAGUGUGGUGAGCCUGGCGGCGGUGGCGGUGGUGUUGUUUAUGUUUUGCGGCGGCGGCGUCAGCGAGGCUCCCGGGACGGUGGACAGGUCGCUGGACACCCUCGACAACCCCACCAGCUGUGCUUCCCUCACUCUCUCCAAGGCCACUAUGACCAUGGCAUACCCCAACCAGCCGCCUCAGCGCGGCAGACCGCCACCCAACACCUCCCAGAUACAGAAGAUGCUGGAUGAGAAUUCUCAGUUGAUCAAGACAAUCACUGAAUAUCAAAAUCAGGGAAAACCUCAAGAGUGCUUCCAGUACCAGCAGUCCCUGCAUCGAAAUCUAAUGUAUUUGGCGUCCAUGGCAGACACAUCACAAAAUAUGGCUCAGCUUCUACCACCCCCACAGAUGCCAGGGCAACAGGGUCAAGGAAAUGAAGGGCCUCAAGGUGGUCCUCCUGGACAGGGCCCUCCGGGUCCUCAUCCUCCCCCUCCAGGAGCAUACCCAGGACAACAGCCAACUCCUUACAGGCCACCAGGUCCCCCAGGCAUGAGUGGUGGACCUCCAGGACCUGGGGUUGCAGGGUUUAGGAUGCCGUAUGGACAGUUACCUCAUUCCCAAGGACCUUAUCCACAACCCUACCCACCCCAAGGACAACAGUAUGGUCAGGGAGGAUACCCACCAGCAUCAUCUGGUCCCCAAGGCUAUCCUGGUAGUUCUUCCACACCACCUGCACCUGGUGCCAAGGGAUAUGGAACACCGCCACCCCCUUCCUCCACCCCAGGUUAUCCACAAUGCCCUCAAGGACCACCAAGUUCCCAAGCUCAGGGUCCUCCACCACCAAACAAUCCCACUGACUUCAGCCAGUCAUCACAGCAGUUCUCUGGUACACCACCUACUUUCACAUCUGCUCCAGCUUCAACACCAUCAACACCAUCAACAUACUCUGUUCCAUCAUCUCAGUAUCCAGGAAGUGGCCCUACAUCUCAACCUUACCAGAUGCCACCAUCCUCUGCUCCUCCUACAUCAACCUCAUCAACAAUGUCAGGUCCACCACAGUCCACAUCAACUCCCCCUACAUCAUCAUCAUCAGGUGGGCCAAUAACUUCAACUGCACCCACUGGACCUACAUCAAUGUAUGGUAGUGGACAACCUCAACAACCAACUCCACAACAGUCACAACCACCACCCCAAUCACAGCCACCUCCACAAACUUCACAGUCUCAACAUCCUCCUACACAACCACAACCCCCACAGCAAACUACCUCACCAAAUCCCCCACCGCCUGUUCCGGCCUCAGCACCAACGCCACCUACAUCUCAAAGCUAUACUGGUACACCUCCACCUGUAUCUCAGACAGGGCCACCCACUCAGGCUCCCCCACCACCACAACAGGCCCCUGGCCCUUAUCCACCCCCUUCUCAGCAGUAUCCAGGUAGUGGAGGCCAAGGGUAUCAUCAAGCCUAUCCUCCUAGCCAGUAUCCACCUAGUUCUCAAGGGUACCCACCACCAGGUCAGUAUCCUGGUGGACAGCCAUACCCACAACCCUAUGGCUCUUACCCACCACCACCUGGAAGCCAUCCUGGCUAUGGUGCACCUAUGCCUAAUGCUCAACCUGGAUACCAGCAUCCUUCAGGACCAGGAUAUGGGCAAGGUUAUCCUCCACCUCCUGGGGGACAAUAUGCACAGUACAGGCCUUCACCUGGCCAAGGUCCUCCUCAGGGACAGUUUCCUGGAUAUGAUCAGAGCCGUUACCCAGGUUAUCAACCACCACCACCACCUUCAGGCCCUCCUUCUGCUCCACAUUAGCAUUUGUGUGCCUGUCUUAUAGAUACUUUUCAUUUUUUUACUAAAUUAGUAUAUGUAAUUAACUAAUUUUCAAGUUUAAAUUUUUUUUACAUAAUGGGGGAAAUUAGUACACUAGUAUACUCAGAUCAUAUACACAUACAGUACACUAAAAAAUUUAAAUGUUUUCAUAUUUCGGUGAAUUUUAAAUUUAAUGUCGAUGGCUCACACCUGUUAACAGAUAAUGAAUAUUAGUAAACGACUGAUUUCAAUAAGGGUUAAAAUUCCAUGAUUUUACAUAAAUCUGACAUAUCUACAUAAAGUAUUUAGAUGUUCUAGCAAGUGAUGAAUAAAAAAAAAAAUUGGGUGUUAAAGUUGAAUCUGUAAUACUGUCAAGAAGUAGCAAUGCCUAAUUGUUACCCAGAAUAUCAAUUUUUUUGUAAUGAAUAUAUUUACAUUUUUUCAUCAUCCAUUUUAACAUUUUCAUGGGGUGGGAGGUAUCAGCCAGGAUAAAAUAAGGUUAUAGAUUUUAAAUUAGUAAAACAUUAAAUUAUCACUUUUCCAUUAAUGAUAUACAGUAAUUCACGGAUAAAAUGAAUGCUACCACACUCCAACAGUCAUCCACAGUAACACACUACUGCUUCAUAAGACCAGGUUAACAGUGAUCCUUGUGAAUUGUAAUGCACCUUACAGUAUCUGCAAAUACAUUUAUUCUUGUUCUUGCAAGCUGCUUCCACCCAGCCUUGACCUUGCUCAUAUCUUGUGUGGUGUCCACACUCGGUCCCCUCUUCCUCGUACACACACGCACAACAUGUCCAUCCACUCUCUUCCUGGCCUUCCAAUCCUCCAUUACAGUAUUAAAUGCAAUUCUGUCUUUAAUAAUUAGGAAGUUACAUUAAUGUUUUCUUGAGCGUAAUUUACCAUCAAAUCUUGUAUAAUGAGUAUUUUGAAGUCUUAUGUGAUCGUGUUCACUGCUUCAGUAAAAACAAACAAAAAACAAAACAAAAAAAAUUGUAAAAUAGUUAAGAAUAUCAUGCACACUGUAGAUAAAGCUAUUAUGUGCCUGAUAAAUUUCACAAAAAAUAUAUACUGUACAUGCAACUUGUCUACAUGAAGUGCAUUUAUUCUUGAAUAUUAUUCGUAAUGAGUAUAAAUAUAUUACUAGUAUGUAUAGUUCAGCUAAAAAGUCACGAUUCAUUUUUUAGAAGCCAAAAAAAGUCUAGCUUUGUUGUUUUGCCAUAUUUCUCAGAAGUGAGAAUUUGUGGGUCCAUUUUAAAGUACAAAGUACAAACUUGUUAUUGUGUUGACCAAGGCAAUUAAAGUAGCCAAAUGGAAUAUGGGUUAUUAGCAUCGACAAUACCAUUUGUGGUUUUAUUCUUACUUGCAAAUUUUAGGCAGUGAUUUUAAUCAGUUAUAUGCAUUUCUGUUCUCGUAUUGGCAUCCUUGGUGAUAUUUAGCGCCCUCUGAUCAUUCCGCACAUUUGAUGGUGCUACAUAGCCUUCCCGGUUUGGUGCCUUCUUUUGAAUACUUACUUUAAUCAGUUUUUUUUACUAGGAGUAACUCGAGCCUUGUACAGAUAUUAUAUCGGUAAGUAUACAGUGGUAACUAUAUGCACCACCUAGUUUUGUUCAUGGUUCUUUUUGUCUUGUCAAAAUAAAUUCAUGCAUACAGAAUCCUCAUCCAUUUUAGUUGAUUUCCACUUACAUCCAGUUAUCAAUUAUAAGAAAUGACAGUUGCUUGGAUGUAUUAAAAAAAUAUAUAAAGGGUAAUGGCUACUGCCAGCAAGUAUACUAAGUAAAGAAACUGAAUAUUAAAGAAGGCAUUGGUAAAUAUAAAUACCAUAGGUAUGUAUAUACACAAUAACACGAACAGUGACAAAGUAUUAGAUCAGAAGUAAUUACUAGGUACUGGAUAGCAAAGUGGUAGGACAUUGCCCCCCUCCCUCAUUCCCCUACCCUCCCUGUAAAACAUUUUUAAAGUGACAUUGUUUUAUUAAAAAGAAAAUGUUUAUGCUUUACUGUUAUGAAAAUAUGUUUUGCAUAUUUAGAGGACAGUUAUUAUGCAGACCAUAGGUCUUCAUAGUGUAAUUUCUAAACAUUUAUUUAUAAUACAUAUUGGUUUAUAUUGCUGGGUAAAUAGUUUAUGGAAAGGUGUUGGGAAUGGCUUUUUACAGGGUUGGAAGGAGUAUAGUAUUUAUAGGUGCAAAAAGAGUGAUAGGAAGGCAACUAGCAUCCUGGAAAAGAAAAGUGGUAUAGUAUAUGCAGUAAAACCUUGUGAAAGUCUAAAAGAAACAGAAAAAGGCUAGAAAUGGGUACUUACAUAGGACUUAUCAUAGGUUUUACUAAUGUAACUGUCCCCUCAGAUGGAAGUUUCUGGGAAGUUCUCCACGGUAUCUCGUUGAGUAGUUCAUCCGUAGUCCUAAAAUCACAGCUGUCACACCAGGCUCCAACAAAUCAUGAACAUCUACCGAAGACUAGAAUUAGAAUCUGGCCCCUUCGACAGGUAUUGGAGAUUCUGCUCUCUUGGCUUCUCCAGCUUUGGCAUGGUACCUUAUCUCCAGCUCAUCUCAUUUGGAAUGUUUCAGUUCAAGCCGUCUUAUGGCUAGCUGUCAUUCCCGUUUAAAGAUUGUUUAGGAUGAAUAAGAACUUUAAAGGGUUCAUUUUCUAUUUAAGCUUAGAGCUCAGAAAAUUUUAAUAUUAUAGUUCCAAGUCUCAUUCCUUCACACAGUGCCCAACCAUUUGGACUGGACAGGAGGACUGUCUUGCUUCUUUCAGGUUGGUGCUCAAUCCCCAUCUUUCCAAGUGGUUGGAUACCAUUCCUACCAUUUGGGUUGGGUUGAGUACCCUCCAUCCUUGCAUAGCCUUCCUGGUUUGGUGCCUUCUUUUGAUAAUUACUUACUUCCCUCCAUCCUAUCCUAAUCCUUUAUUCCCAUACCCCUUCUAGGUGCUAUAUAGCCGUAAUGGCUCGGCACUUUCUCCUGAUAAUUACCUUGCCUUUCACACUGAGAUAAAAAAAGUACAGUAUUUCAUCCCCCUAUUUUGGUGGAUAUUUAUGAACUUGUUUUGAUUUUAUUUCAAGGCAGUGUGCAAACUUUUAUGUCCAAAAUAUAAAAGUGCAAAUAAUGAGAAAAUCAGUAGGAGCCAUGAGAGGUUUCAAACCUAUGCUUUGGUUACUCCCAAGCAAAUGCCUUAGACCACUGCACCACGACAUGGUAAAAAAAAAAUGCAACCUGGCAUUCAACUGAAUCUUCUAGGGGGUUCUGAGACUUACUGAAGGCUAAUCAGGGUUUCACACAGCGCCCCUGUGCACUCUGGUUACAAGUUUAGGAGUUCUACCUUCAAUGCUUCCCCAACUCAGAGAUUACAACCAGAGUGCAUGGGAGCAAUGCAUGAUUAGGCAUAAGUUCAAACCCUCGGGACUCUUAAAGGAUUCAGUUAAAUUCCAUUCACCUAGGCUCUAGGAGAAUUCUGUUAAAUUCCAGGUUACAUUACUUUUGACCAUAUUGUGGAGGAGUGUUCUAAAGUGUUUGCAUGGAAGUACCCAGAGCAUGGGCUUGAAUCCUCCUCUUGGCUCUUACCGUUUUUCUCAUCGAUACAUCACGUUAAUGUGAUUUCUUUGUGCAGUGCAAAUUUGCUAGGAGAGGAAGACUACAUUAAUCCAAUUUGUGGACUUGCUAAGAACAUAGCCACUAAGUUUACUAAAAAUAUGGCAAGUGACUGAGUAUAGAGGGAAAAUCAGUAUACAGUAUUAUGAACCUUGGAUGCAAGUACAGUGGAACCUCGAGUGACGAGCAGCUCCAGUUACGAGCAUUUCGAGUAACAAGCAAGCCACUCGCAGAAAAUAUGUCUCGACUGACGAGCUUUCGCUUGAUUAACGAGUGUUCCCGCUGGUUCUCGGACACCUCCGACGACAGUUUUGUUGUUUCACAAGACGAGUUUUCCACGUGACGAGCUCGGUGCCGGAAUGGAUUAAACUCGUUCAUCGAGGCGCCACUGUAUGCGAAUACUGUAACUGCAUAACUCACCCAGUUUGUGAAAAUUGCAAUUGAAUUAUUUGCUUUGAUGGUUAGAACAUCCUAAAUUAUAUUUAAGACAGUUUUGACUUCUGUGACUAAAUAAUCUGUCAGGCUUAGUGCAUUCUUCUGAUCAUUUCUUGGUGGUCAAAAUUAAUGUACAUUUCAAAAAAAGCAGAUAAUUUGCAUAUAAUUAUAAAGGUGUUUAAAUAAGUAGUAAGGUACAAUGUGGAAAAUGCCCAUGGUUUGAAAGGCUGGUAUAGCUUUGUUCUAUGGUAUUGUGCCCACACCUUUUGGCAUAAUAUUGUCGAUAUAGUCAUGCUAACUUAAAACUAUCUCUUGGCAAUUAUUUUCCUUACCUUGCAUAAGUAGUGAUGGAAAAAUGAACAGAGAAAAACAACAGUACUGUAUGCUGGAACUUAGUUUAUAAUUGGGCCAGAGACUGUGGCUAUUAUUUGUACAUAGAAUAUAGCUAAAGCAAAAUAAUGGUGUUGGCUAUGUGAAAUUUUUUCACUUUAGAAUGUGUAAGUGGACAACUAACAAAAUGUUUGGCAAAGAUUUUGUAUGCACUACCUUGCUUUAGAGGUUGAGAGGGCCUGCAUCACAGGUAUAUAAAGUUGACGGUAUGGAUGCUUAGUAGCUGUACAUAAUGUAAUAAAGUUUUUCUGUUGAGGAGAAUCAUAUCUGUGGCAUAUUUUAAGGCUUCUGAUUAACAUGAAUAAAUUUUUUGUAAAAGGGCCUCAUGAAGGUUUUAAAUUAAUAUACUUAUGGUAUAUUUAAAUGGGUUGUGCUGUACAUAGUUAACUUUACAUGUUAAUAACAAGAAACUGCCUGUCCUAAUAGAACGUCUCAUUUUGACGUACUGUAUACUCUACCUAAGGCAAAAAAUUGUCGUACUAGAAAAAUGGUAGCUGCUCACAAAAUUUACAUAUUGUCACGUAUUCUGUUUUGGGGUCUUCUGGUAGGGUUGGAUAAGGGCAAGUUAGUAUGACAGCUUGACAUUGGGAAACCCUAGGACGACAGGCUGCAAGAAAACCUUGUACAUUUUGUACAUAUUCCGUUUUUUAAACAUUCAGCUGUGUAAUAUGAUUUUUCUUAAGAAUUGUUCAAGAUUUGUAUGUAGCAUUGUCUGCCAGUUGUGGUUAUUCUUAGUAGUGUAACCUCUCAAAUUCCAUCCUAAUGUAUACACAGUUUUGGUAAAUACUGUAAGUGUCAUAGAAUAUGGAAGCAUAAUUUUACGCAAGAAAGUGUCUGUAUAUUGUAGGAUUGAGCUUGUACCAGUGCGGCUUUACUGCUAACACUGCAGUUUUAUAAGGAACCAAAUUUGUUCAUACUUUGGCUCAUAAUUAAAAAAUGUUACCUAAAUUGUACAGUUAUUAAUUCUUGUAUUGUAUAAUGCAUAUGUAUUAUGCAGUCAAUGUACUUUUAGGAUUUUUUUUUUUAACUUUAGAGCCAAAAUGAUAUUUUACUAGUUAUGGAAUUAGUUUAUCUAAUGGCAGUAUUGAACUGACCCACUACUAACAUGAAAAAGUGUUGGUUAAUCAAUACAGUAUUAUUAAAUAUUUACUAUUGGCAAUAUUUUCUAUUACAGUACUGUAUAUACAAUUUUCAGAUUUUAUGUGGUCAUUAUUUAAAAAACCCAGUCACUGGAAUGCAACCUCACUAGCCAAGGAUUAUAAUUAUACUUUUCACCACCCUUGGUAGAUGCAGCAGAUACAGUAUUUUGAAACUUCACUCCAAAAAAAAACCUGAUUGGCCAGUUGGGUUUUACUAGUCACAACACAAAAUCUGCAGUGUCACUUAAUUCCAUAAAUAUUGUGGACUUUCAAAGUCAAGAAAUGAUACAUAUGCUAUGUUUAGUGCAUUUGUGGUCGUGUUGAUAGGCUGAACAGUAUUGUCACGUCAGGAGACAAAAUAUUCUUCUACAGUGAAAAGAAGAAUGUAUCAUAACUUUAAGCUGGCAAAAUAGUGAAAUUGUGUAAGUAGAAUGAAUGAGUCCUCGUUCAUUUAUACAGUACGUGUAUUUCAUUUUAAAUAUUUGCUAUGUGCUGGCUUUGUAUGUUCAUAAUUUUUGCAGUCGCCAAAUGCCUGUUUUUCCCACUUGCAUUGAAUUUGGUGCAUUAUAAUUGAAAAUGUUCAAUAAUUUGGUUAAUCAUUACUCUUUUAAUCAAAUUAGUAAUUCUGCAAAAAGAAAAAUAUUAAAUUUCUUUGAACAUAAUGCAGUUAUAAUUACUUAUUGAUAUUUGCCAGGCAUCAAUUUGUACUACAGUAUUUAAAGUAAAAUAAAAUUGUACAACCUUUAAUUUCCCCCAUACAAGUAAAUAAAUGUAAAUGCAG